UUUAUUUCAACAACAAAAAAAGUAUUCUUAAUAGGUCCAAUUUUCACAGUUUUCAUCACAACGCAUUUGGAGAAAAUAAAUAUCCAAGCGAAUGAACAAGACGUGUAGCAAAAACGUAUGUUCUUCGACUCCAAGUGCUUUUCAGAGGGUUCCCCGACAUAAACGGUGGGCUAUAUCCGCCCACAACAUUUUUAAGAGCGGAUAGUUUGACUGUGCAUUUUCAAGACUGGGCCAGUUUGACAGCAGUUUCCGACUGCAUGCAAGAAAGUUUCUUUACUUACGUAUAGACUUCUCUAUGGUAUAGGCGUGAAAUGUGAUACAGUUUCGACAUGUCCGAAGAAGAGACUGAUUAUGAAGGAGACCUAAAUAGUUUACCAGAUGAUUCCAACGUUGUUAAACCGUACUUAUUAGAACUGAGACAAAGGGCACAGAAAGAUAUUAUUGAACCGUACGACAGCUUCAAUUGGUCCGACAGUUUUCUAAUAAAGUUUCUGCGAGCCAGAGACUUCGACGUGGAACAGUCUCUAAAGCUACUGGUUAAUUACCAGCGUUGGAGGAAAGAGUGCCCAGAGAUCAGUGCCAACCUGCACCCAUCCUCUGUCCUGGGACUCCUGAAGAAUAACUACCAUGGAGUGCUGCAGGGACGUGACCACAGCGGCAGCAGAGUGCUUAUCUAUAGGAUUGGCCAGUGGAACCCCAAAGACUUUACAGCAUAUCAGGUGUUCCGUGUCAGUUUGAUCACAUCAGAGCUGAUCGUCCAAGAGACAGAAACCCAGAGAAAUGGACUGAAAGCCAUUUUCGACAUGAAGGGAUGGGGCUUCUCACAUGCCUUCCAGGUGACACCCUCCCUGGCCAAGAGGAUCUCCUCAGUGCUUACGGACUCAUUCCCUCUAAAGGUGAGAGGCAUCCAUCUCAUCAACGAACCCAUAUUUUUCAGACCUGUCUUUACCAUGAUCCGUGCAUUCCUGCCUGAAAAGAUUAAAAAAAGGAUCCACAUGCAUGGGAGCACUUUCAAAGAGACACUGCGUUUCUUUUUCUCAGAAGACAUCCUCCCCCAGGAGUACGGGGGCAGUGGGCCAACCAUAGAAGAGGUUUGUCAGAAAUGGACCUGCCACAUCCUACAGUCAGAGGAACUCCUCACCCAGCUCUCCAUCUACCCUGCAGAAAUGGUCACCCCAGACUUCCAUCCUGACCCUGAAUCUGCUCACAGCUCCUGACUUCACAUGGACUCCACAUCCCGAAGUACAAUAGUACCAUGAUGUGGUAACGAAUACUAGAGUGAUGUGUAUAUGUGAGCUUUUUGUGAAUGUCUGCUGUAAAAGUGAAGUAUAUUUUUAUACUUUUUUUUUAUUAAAAAGAUUCAGUGCCUAGUUACUCAUAUGCUGCUCUUUAAGAGAUCUGUCAAUCCAGAUUGAUAAUGCCAAUCUCUAGGAAGCUCAGAGCAAAUUAAUUUAGUUCUUUGCUGUUUUUUAUCUUUCUCGUGGAAGAUUUACAGUGUUAAGACCCAAUCAACGCCGCCUUAUACAUUUAGAAUUUACUCAAAUAAUUGUUCUUCUGAAUAUUACACGCUUCGGUAUAUCACAAAAGCUCUAGUCCAUUCCUUGCCUUUAUGUAAUACAGUCCAAAGUUCAAAAAGCCAUCCAGAGGGACAGUGCAGUUUUGAUCUUGGUUUGGCUCUUUCACAACAUUGUGUUGAGCCUCGCUGGGCUCUUUCAUAGCCUGUUGUUGAGUUUCGCCAUGCCCUUUCCCUUCAUUAACCUUUGACAUUCUUCUAAUGUGCUAGUAAACACUUACAGAUGUUUUCUAUUUUACCACAUUUGGACUAUGGCUUGAUGUUAAUCAUGUUUGUUUUUAUCUCUUUGUUUGUUUGGAGUUUGGAGCAAGAUAGGCAAAAUUAUUUAUAAUGAAGUGCUUCUUUUGUGUGUUUUUCUGUUAGUGUUGUGCUUGCUGUAAAACAUUGCUACACCUCGAUGACCAAAUAGAUUGCAUUGUGGAAAUGUGAACAAAUCAGAAAUUCAAAGGAACUUUUUAGUGGUUCCUGAAAGACAGUCGUGAUUUAUUUUAUUAUCUAUUGGACAAUUACUGUAAUUAAACAACGUGCACUAAUAGAAAAGUUUACUGUACCUGUAUAUUUGUCGAAACUGAACAUUUGAUUAAAAUACCCAAUAAAUGUUCUCUUUUUCUUGG